AUGGCAGAUUAUCUUUUUACAGUCGUUACAUUCUUGGCAAUAAUAUUAUGUAUCAUUCCAGGAAUAUUUCAUAUACAAACACGAAACUGGGGAGCAAUUCUCAUGAUAUUUUGGGUGAUAGCAACAAAUCUAAUACUUUUUAUAAAUUCUAUACUUUGGGCUAAUGAUUUAGAUGAUAAAGCACCUAUUUAUUGUUUAAUUUCUUCACCGAUUUACGUCGGUGCAAAUUUUGGAUUAUUAGCUUCUAUUUCUUGUAUGAUUCAUACUCUUUAUAAUGUUGUUGCUUGUCCUACGAUUAUUACUGAGAAAAUUAGAAGAAAACAAGCAAUUAUAAAUUUUUGUCUCAUAAUUUUGGUUCCUACGUUUCUUUCAGGAUGCUAUUAUUCUAUCCAGCCAAAUAUGUAUGAAAUUAGACCUGUUUUGGGUUGUUUUUCACCAGCAUACAUAAACGGGUUGUUUUUUUUGAUAGAUGGAAUAUGGCCUGUUAUUAUUUCCAUUAUUGGUUGUUAUUAUGCAGCACGCACAUCUUAUGCGAUCAUGAAAAAACGACUUGAAAUUAAAACUCUCUUGAGACGCAAUGAAUCCGGUCUUAACGCUGCAAAAUUCUAUCGUCUCGUGCUUUUUUGUAUAACCUAUCUGAUAUUCUCAUUUCCGGCGUCUGUCAUGAUAUUUGUCAGCAACGUUGUGCAAGCCGACAAUCUAGUAGAUUUCACACCUGUUAAACAUAGUGAAUUUAAUACUGUUACUGUUUUUUCAAAUGGUUUAUCAAUUUUCGAUUAUGCGAAGCCUUUGACCGGCUUUUUUGUAUUUUUAUUUUUUGGUACCGGCCGCGAUGCUUCAUCCGCGUAUAAAAGAUGGGCAAGGAAAAUUAAAUUGGAUAAAAUCUUUCCAAUUUUAAGCGAGAAUUAUGAUGAUAAACGUAGUCAAUCUUCAAAAACUACAAGAAAUUUACAAAACUCUACACAUCAAAGCAAUGGUCGUGAACCUUCUUUCCCUGACUCUCCGUUUAAAUCACCAAAACAUGCUUAUUAUAAAUCCGAUUCUUUUGGUGACGAAAAAGACUUUAUUCCAGAAACCCUUGUUAUUUCUA